AUGGCUUCUGUCCAGGUACCCUCCAGGCACAAAGCCCUGGUGUAUGACAAUCCUGGUUCUAUCUCGACCAAGAUCGAAGAAAUCGAUACACCGAAACCUGGUGUUGGCGAAGUUCUGGUCAACUUGACACAUUCUGGCGUAUGCCAUUCGGACAUGGGAGUUAUGUGCAAUGUUUGGGCCUGGCUCCCUGCUCCCACACAGAAGGGUCAGGUCGGUGGUCAUGAAGGAGUGGGCACGGUUGCUGCCUUUGGACCCGGAACCGAAAGCUCGGGCCUGAAGAUUGGUGAUCGGGUUGGUAUCAAAUGGAUAUCUGCAGCCUGUGGCAAUUGCAUGCCUUGUCUGGCGGGAGCCGAAGCCAAUUGCACCUCGGCGAAGAUCUCCGGAUACUAUACUCCAGGGACAUUCCAGCAAUACGCACUUGCCCCCGCUCACUAUGUCACUCCAAUUCCUGACGGCCUACCCAGCGACAUGGCAGCACCAAUGUUAUGUGGUGGAGUGACCGUGUACGCGGCACUUUUGAAGACUGGAGCCAAACCUGGAGAUUUUGUUGUCAUCCCCGGCGCCGGAGGCGGCCUGGGUCAUCUGGCUCUCCAAAUCGGAGCCAAAGGAAUGGGAUUUCGAAUGAUUGGUAUCGACAUGGGAGAGAAGGAAAAAUUGGUCAAAGAUUGCGGGGCUGAGGUAUUCCUGGACUUGUCGAAAUACGGCCGGGACGAUGAAGGCACCAAGGAGCUUGUGGAAGAUGUCCGGGCCGCCGCUGGAGGUGUUGGCGCCUCUGCUGUGGUGGUUUGUACCGCUAGCAACGUCGCAUAUGCUCAAGGAUUAAGUUUCCUCAAGUUCAGAGGGACUCUGGUCUGUGUCGGUGUGCCAGAAGGAGCCCCAGUCCCCAUUGCAACAGCAGAUCCAGCGACGAUUUUGACCCGGGAAUUGCGGAUCGUCGGCAGCGCAGUUGGAAACAGAAAAGAGGCCAUCGAGACCUUGGAGAUGGCGUCACGGGGUGUAGUCAAAACACAUUUUGAACUCCAACCGAUGAGCAAAUUGACAGAGGUCUUCGAGAGGAUGGACAAGGGCAAAUUACUAGGAAGAGUUGUCCUAGAUCUGAGUGGAUGA